AUGGCUAACACUCUACCACCGAGUGGUUUCCAGUCUCAUGAGCCUUCGCUGGGUCGAAGGUCAAAGAGACGACUUAAUCCCAUAAUAGAAGAAGAUUGCGAUGAUGGCCAUGUUCAGAAUACAGGGGUGAACGAACAACGGAGACGUGGUGAUGCUUCGCAUCUGAAGAUUGAAGCCUGGUUGUCACCUAUGAGCGAUCAUUUCCCCACUCCAAAGGGAGUUCACUAUCUUGCUGCUCCCAUCCUUCCGUCAUCGCCGUCCACAGUAUCAGGAGAUGGUAGUUCUCCUACAACUUCGUCAAACAUGUGGAAUCGAGCCAGCAUCGGCACCGAGAACACUGAAUUUGAGGACCUCUAUGAUGUGUCUGAGGAAGAAGAUGAGGAUGACGUGCCGCGGUGCUAUAAGAGAUCGUCUGUUGGCCGAGCCACAAACCACCACCAGCCAUUAUUGAAACAGCCCACUCGUCUUCAAAUCCCAGCAAAUCGAGAUGGGCCCGAGGAGCCUUGGUCUGCGGUUGACGAACUCAAGAAAAUCACAUCGCCAGUGCCGCUGACUCCAUUGGCUAGGCUGCCCAUGUCUCCAGCUCAAAUGAACUUCAUCGGGAAGCAGCAGGCGCUCGAAGUGCCAACCAUUUCCGCACCGCCGUCUCUCGACGGCAGCCUGUCGUCCGAGCAGCUCGCCGCAUUGAGUGCACCACCAACACCUGUGAUGGGGAACGACGAACACAAAACAGAAGAGGCAUGGGCUGGCGUCCACCUUCAACCCGGCGCACUCGCGACACUCCAGGCUCUGUCUGGGGGAGAAGAGGGAGAGGGCCAAGAGUUGUACGAACGCCCGAUGCAGGUACUCGACGUUUCCAUGCACUCAGUCACCGAGAUGCAACAGCAACCUUUGCGCUUGGUGACCUGCUUCGCACCUCGGGUGGCUCAAGAUAGAAUCCAUUCGCCAACUCCCACCCGACAAUCUCUUGCCAGCUUAACAAGACUGAGCAUUCCCUCUCCUGGUGGGUUCUUUUCUGGGCUGUCUCCUCGAACCAGAAAUACUUGGCAUCUGCCCAGCAAGUCACCAGUGGACAUGCCGCCACCGACCUCAACCACUGCUGAGCAAUUUUACCGAUGUCCUUGGAAUGUUGGUGACUCUUCUGUUCCCCCAUUGCCAAAGCGCCCCGAUUCUGCAGAGGCAUUCUACAGGGCCGUCGGCCUAUCAUCAGAACCCGUUGAGCAGGUCAUUCGAGUUCAAGAUGAUGACGAUAUGACAGAGGGCAUGCCUACCGCUAGGCUCAUGAUUUCACAUCAGGAUUCCAACGAUUCUGGGGAGACCACUGCCAAGAUUGUCGAGGAGGCGCCAGUUGAGAUUGUUGUCGACUACGAUCCCGACUAUGCCAGAAAGCAGCAACAAGAAGCCUUGUCCAACUUAGAUCGCACGGAGUUGUGGCUAAUGGCACAGAGGGCUUACCUUAAGGGCGUGGACGAAGGGCCCGACAACAAUGCUGCUCUCAAAACCAUUGAAGAGUCGCCUGAGGAGGAGAUGGACAAGGAGGAUGAGAAAGUCAAGCCGGAAUCUGAGUCCUCACAGGGAGUAGAAAUCAAGAAAAAGGUUGUGCGGUUCUCCAAUAUCAUUCCAACAACCCUGGAACCCAAACGUCUGCCUUCCAGUUUGCUGCGACAGGAAUCAGCAUACUACCGCGCCUUCCAGGACUACAUUGUGCGCACUCACCUUCAAGAUGUAUUUGUUCAACAGCUUUCUCGCUUCGAGGCAGUCCAAGCUCAGCGCACUGCACUGCGCGAGACACAUCGCAACCAGCUCCUAGGCAAGUAUCAGCUCAGCGUCGUUCCCCAGUCAGCCAAGAAGCGACUCAGCGCCAACGUUGCUCGAGGCGACGACAUCCUGACUGACGACCCUGACAAGCUGCGCAGGGAGAAGGAGUUGGAGGCCAUGAACCAAAUGACCAUCCCAACCUGGCAUGUGGCUGCCCUGAAGUUCCUCAACGGCGGUCGCCUCAUCACGGCACCCGUUACCAAAAGAUUGGCUCGACUUUCCCACCUAGCUGCUCCAGGCAGAGACAGCGCUGGUCGCGACCGUGCUAGGAUUCUUGAUCUUGGUGGGCAGUCAACAUGCGAUUGGGCAUGGCACUGUGCGCUUCAAUAUCCAAACGCCAAGGUUUACACCGUGACGACCAAGGCCAUUCGCCAACUCUCAAACUCCAACAUUCGUGGACCUCCCAAUCAUCGCCAGAUUGCGGUAAAGCGUCUUUCCAAGCUUCCAUUCGCAGAUGGCCAGUUUGACUUGAUUUCUGCUCGCGAGCUUCAUGGAAUUCUCAAGUUUGUCGGCGAAAACGGCGAGGAUGAGUGGGAGAGCUGCCUCCACGAGUGCAUGCGUGUGCUGAAACCCGGUGGCUACUUGGAGUUUUCCGUCAUGGACUCGGAUAUCAUCAAUGCCGGGCCGCUUGGUUGUGCCAAGAGUGUAGAGUUUGGCUUCACACUCAAGACGCUCGGUUACGAUCCAAGCCCAACAAAGAUGUGGCUCGGCCGACUGGCUCGCGCAGGGUUUGAUGACGUUCGCCGUGCUUGGGUGUGCCUCCCGAUGGGUGCCAAGAGGAAGAUGAGCAUGCCACCAACACCACCAUUAAAGGAUGACGUGUCGAUCAGAAGCGGGAAAGUGUGUCAGAUGGACGCUAUGGUCAUGGGCAGCAGUGACAAUAUUGCCAAUGUCUGUAGCAUUGUUGGCGGAUGGAACUGGGAACGAUGGCUCCUCCGAUGUGAGAUGGAAAAGGUUGGGGGUGAGAUGCGCCUGGCUGAUACUGUAACGACGGGAGCGGCAAUGAGGGAAGCUGGCAAAUGUCUGGACGGAGUGCACGCGGUGAUGGAGGAGGGGAGAAGCUGCAAGGCUGGUUUCCGGAUGCUCAACGGGUAUGCGCGGAAACCCAAGAGGUGCCACGAUGUGAUCCAGAUUGCAUUUGCGCAGUGA